AUGGUUGAACUGCCAAUGUAGCUUAAGAACUAUAUAAUAUAUGUCAAAGAGUUGAAUAUCAACAACAAUCCUUUCAAAGAUAUAAACCAAGUAAUUAAUGCGCUUAAAAAUUUGCCAAAUCUAAUCUCUCUCUACAUGAGCUUAUAUGAAGAGGAUACAGUUCAUGCUGUGAUAACACAGUUGACUUAAUUACAAUUUCUGAAUGGCAUUGAAAUUUCUAGAAAAGAGGUGCUUAACACCCAAUUUAGCAACGAUCAAUGCAUUACAUAACCAAAUGAAGAAGACGAACAGCUAAAAUAGAAUUAAUGUGAUUCACCAACCACUCAAAGUAAUAGAAGACAUACUUCUAGCCAUAAAGUUAUUAAGGAAGAAGACCUGCCUUUGGAAUUGAUUAAAGAAACAGAUGAGGAUGAUAACUAAAGCUUCACAUAAAAUUAGCCUCAUAACCUCACAAGAGACUAGGAUAUCGCUGUUGUGGGGGCAACAAGAUUAAGCGAUAUUACAGGUGCUUAAUCAAAUAUUAGUAGUUUUAAAAACAGUCCAGUAAAAAGUGCUAAAAAUAACUUUUAAAAACCCCUUCAAUUAAAUACCAGCAGUGCCCAAUCAUCAUAGUCUUAAAUUAAUGGGGAAGCAAAAAUGAAUUAAGGAUUAAAUUCUAAGGACUCUUAAGUUCAAAAUAAACAGCCACAGGACUUAUUUUCAACUUCAGAUCUAGAAAAAAUAUCUUAAUACUUUGAGAAUAUUGGUGGAUUUAUUAUUCGUGCAGGGUAUGAUACUAAUAAUCAGACAAGAAUGGAUUUUAACAGAUAAAUGGAGCAACUAGUAAAUCAACUUAAGGAAUUCUCAGUCAAAUAAAUCCCUGAAUAAUAUAAGCAAGCAUAAUAUCUAUAAGCUAAGAGCACACUGAUUGAACUUUGCCUGAAAAAGCUCCAUUAAUAUCUCUUACUCACUGGAAAUCCUAUCUAGGGAAUAUUUCAGGGUCUUCUUGGCUAAUCCACUCUUUUGGUACAGCAACUCUUUUAUUUGAUUAACUAAAGUGAACUUAAAAGGUAGUAAUAGGUAGAGGGUUUGAGUUAAGAUCUUUAGAAUUUGAAAUACUAUAUCAAUGAAGAAAAAGAGCAGUUGGAUACAAAACUUGCAAAUUUAGUAGCUGAAAAUGAACGACUUAAGCAAAUUAUGAAUAUCAACACUAUUCAUAGCUUUCAUGAUACUAUAAUUCCGAGAGAGAUAAAUUCUAGCAUGAGCAGUAACGGCCUAAGAUCGCCGAAUUUCAAUUAGAAAUAAAUCAACAUCAGCUUUAUUAAUACUCCAUAAUCAAUAGAUCAAGUGUCUGUUUCAAAUUUCUAAUCUCCUCCUAAUGAAAUUCUAGGAGGCAGCAAAAAAAUGUCAGCAUAAGGCUACAGCAAUAAGAAAAUGCAUAUCAAGAAUAAAAGCUUUGAUUUUACAAAGCAAUUUACAGUUAUGAAAAAUUACUCCACAGCUCAGAACAAAUUAACUCCCCAAAUUCCCUCAGGCUUUGCCUCUCCGAAGUCUACCUUCCAUAGAAAGUAGCAAUCAUAUGAAAAAUAAUUGUAUGAAGCUAGCGAUAUCAACCUCCACACAAAAAAGAAAAUAACCAAGCUAAAUGAGAGUAUUGUAUCGAAACAAAACGAGCCUAAGGCUCUAGGUAUAAGGUAAACUAAGGAAAUAAUUACAGAGGUGUUCAAUACUAAAAUCGUUUAUGAUUAGAAGUGUAGAGAACUUUAGAUGCCAAUUGAAACUAUGGAAUAAUAUCUGUAUACAUUUCUCUCUAAAAAAUAUGGCUUAAAAGACGCGGAUGUUGGGCUUUUUGCAAAAUGCUUGAAGAAUGAAUGUGAUUAAGAAUUCAGAUAGGUUUAGGACUUUGUGAAAGAUCAGAUAUCUUAUGCAUUAAAAUAGGUGGUGAGAGAUAAAUACAAUUAAAAGGCAGAAAGUGAAAUCAAUAACAUUCUUGAUAAUGUAAAGUAAAACACAAAUUCAAUGGACAAGUGGAUGUGGUAAAAAACUUUGGCCAAGCUUUAUAGUUCGGAGGAAAAGGACAAAUUAGAGCAAAAGAUAAACGAGUUAAUAUAACAAUAGGUCUUAAAAGAAUCAACGAGCGCUAAAAAAUAAACAGCCUCAAGCAGAAAGUCUCUGAAUACUUCUACUCUCAAUGGCAAGAGAUUUACAGAUAUCGUACUUGAAACCUAGUUAAAGCAACAUGAGCUAUACUUGAAGCCAUUUAAUGAGCUAUUCAAAGAUAUUGACAGUGAUAAUAAUGGAAUAUUAAGUCACGAGGAGUUCAAAAAAUUAUGCUAGAUAAUGGAAAUAAGAAACAGGUCUACUCAUUCUUGUAACAUCCUAAAUGACAAAUCUGUCCUUCAACUGAUAAAAACAAUAGAUCCUUGUGGACAUAAGUAAAUGACAUAUGGCUAAAUCUUAUAUGCUCUAGCAAAUGUAAAAUAUAUUUUUUCAAUCAUCAUUAGUCUUAUCCAACUGAGAAAGCUAUGCCAAUAUAGAAUUUGCAAUCCUUAAGUCAUGAUGAGUGCAGCAAGCAAGGCCAUAUUGAUACUAAGACAAACCUGUUACAGAUAUAUCUGCAGUAGUUCUCGCAUAAAUAAAACACUAGUGCCACUUUGA